CUUCAUAUCGAUUCAAGGGUCUGGAAGCACUGAGCCCCAGUGUGGCACCUCUGAGACUGUGCCAUGCCUUCCAAGUUGCAGAGCGCUUUCCCAGCACUGUGUCUCUUUGGGGUCUUGACCUUACUUCUGUGCCCUUCUGGCUUGUGUGAUUGCAAAAUGUUCCCAAGCGUUGCCCAUGGAUUCCAUAAAGACGUGAGCUCAUUUUUCUCCUUUACUACUGCGGUGCAGUAUAAAUGCAAUGAAGGUUACGUUCUGGUUGGACAGUCCAAAAUCACCUGCAGAAACUCCCGCUGGUCGGCUUCGGCUCCUGAAUGUAAAGCCCUGUGUCAGAAACCAGAGAUAAAGAAUGGAGACCUGACUGUGCCUAAGCGCCAGUACGUUGAGCCUGAAAAUGUGACCGUCCGGUGUGAUGAUGGCUAUGAUGUGGUUGGUUCCCCAAAUCUUACCUGCUCCGGGAACGGAAUGUGGUUGCCAGCAGUGCCCAAGUGUCAGUGGGUAGAGCAGAUGGGCUGUGAGCAAGUGCUAAAAGGCAAAAAGCUCCUGGAAUGCCUCCCCUCCCCGGAGGACGUGAAAAUGGCCCUGGAGGUGUAUAAGCUGUCAGUGGAGAUUGAGCGCCUGGACAAGAGUUCGGCUUGAGGGGAAUGCCGUUGAGAAACCAGUACGUCCACACCCCCCACGCCUGCCGCCUCCCUGCAAAAAAGAGAGAAUUAGGUACAUUUUUCCAGUUAGCAACCCUACUAAUUGUUCCUUAAGUGCUGUUUACUAAAAAAAAAAAAAAAAAAAAAAAGAAAAAGAAAGAAAAAAAGACCUGUCUUAGGAGAAUCUGUUGAUAUCCUUAGUGCCACCGAUCACGUGGAGCUAUGGGUCUGUCUCUUUGCUCAGCCUACGCUUCUGCUGUCCUGGAUGUGAUGGCAUGACAGAAA